UUCCGCAUAUCCGCGAAUAUCGAACGUCCAACUUCAAACCAACUUUAUUCCAGGACAAAACAUGGCGUCUCUGCUCCCAGACUUACUGUUUGAGAUCAGUGGUCAGGCACCUUCUCCUUCUAAAGAUUUCGUUCAGCUCACUGUAACAAAAACACAGGUAAUAUGGAGGUGGUGGAAGAUUUCUCUGCAUGUCAAGUUGCAAGGCAUGUCGCCCGGAGAAAUGAAACACAGUCAUGAGGAGUUUCUAAAUGAUAACAGACUACAGCGACAAGUUGGUUUGGUGUUUGGGUCACAGAUCCUGGAGUACACACUUGGCCUCUGUGAAGGGAGGUUUGAUUAUCUGGAGCGUUUGCCUGAUAAGCUGCUGCUGUAUUUUCUUUCCUAUAUGAGCUACCAGGAUAUCUGCCACCUCAGCCAGACCUCACACCGUUUCAAGAAGCUUUGUGACUCUAAUAAAGUAUGGCAGCAGGCAGUGCGGCGUAGCAGUAUUGAUAUCACACCCGAAAUAGAGACGCUGGCCAAGAGGUUUGGCUGGAGGAAGAUCUACAUCACUUUCCAUGAUAUUAAAGCCCAACUUGGUAGCGAGAAAGACAUAUCCAUGGACAUGGGUGAAGAUGAGGACAAACAUGAACCACAUGAAUCCCUUUAAACAUGGCUCCUAGAAGCAUUAUGUAAAUCUCUGUGAUAAUUGCUUGUAUUUUCUCAUUUGUAAGUCACUUUGGAUAAAAGUGUCUGCUAAAUGAAUAAAUGUAAAUGUAAAUUUAUUGUUCUUAUGUUUGCAGUGUUAUCAUUAAUAAACUUUCCUGACAC